AUGCCGCGCGGGAGGCCAGAGGGCGAGGUGCGAGGGGGCGAGGGGCGAGGGGCCGAGGAGUCGAGGGGGCGAAGGGCCGAGGGGGGCCGAGGGGGGCCGAGGGCGACCGAGGGGGAACGAGGGGGUGCGAGGGGCCGAGGAGGGGCCGAGGAGGCGAGGGGGCGAGGGGCGAGGGGCGAGGAGGCGAGGGGUCGUGGGGGCGAGGGGUCGAGGGGGCGAGGAGGUGAGGGGGGGAGGAGCCUAGGGGGCGAGGGGCCGAGGGGGGCCAGGGGGGCCGAGGGCGGCCGAGGGGGGCCGAGGGGGUGCAAGGGGGCCGAGGAGGGUCCAGGGGGCGAGGGGGCGAGGAGGCAAGGAGGUGAGGGGCCGAGGAGGGCCGUGGGGGCCCAGGGGGCAGAGGGGGCUGAGGGGGGCCGAGGGGGCGCGAUGGGAGCCGAGGGGGGGACGAGGGGGCGAGGGGGCAUGGAGGCGAGGGUGCAAGAGGGCGAGGAGGCAAGGGGGCAAGGGGGCGAGGAGGCGAGGGAGCGAGGAGGCGAGGGGGGCGAGGAGGUGUGGGGGGUCGAGGGGGGCUGA